CUCAGCUUUCCUGCUGCGACGCGUAAAAUUGAAUUGAUAGUUCUACCCGGCGCGUUUAGGACAUCCACACAUCCAUUUCAAGCAACCGGCAAAUUGGAAGCGGAAAAGAUCUGUUAUAUUGUCCUUCUUGUCGGCACACAAUACACGCUAGAUCGCUGGCCUCCCCGGUCGCCAAGUACGGGCCGGCAUCUACCUGGUACUUGGACACCACCGUCGCUCGGCUUCAUUUUGGCAGAGCCUCUCCCUAUCGGAUGAGCUGUGGCCUCGAAUGAAGCUGGUCUUGUCAACAAAAUAUUUUCUAUUCGCUCCUUUAGCUCUAUCAUUGUUGACAACACAUCAUCUUUCUUUAUCUGCUCCUCUCGUGGCAAGGCCAUGGCGAGCAGCGUAUCCGUGGGGUUGCCACCACCCACAGCCCAAGGCGAGGGCGUCUUGACAAUGUCGGCUGGGGGACAAAACACGAGGGAGAAUGGGAUUGAGAACGAGAGCGAGAGCGAGGAUUACCUGAGCAAUCUAUCAGACCUGAACACUCUAUCAGACCCCUCAAGCGACAUGAGCAUCCCAAAUGUUCGGCCAGCUGAGAAGGAUGGUUCAGUUGAUGCUGCAGUUGAUGCUUCAACUGAGGGCGGCUCAACUGCCCGCCCGGUAUUCAAGAUGAGGAGAACAGGCCGCAUCGGUCUUCUCCAACCGUCAUCAUCUCUACACAACUCAAUUCCAACACAGCACGAAUUCUCCUUUCCCAAGUCUGCUCAUUCAUCUCAAAGCAAGCAAGCCAGAGACGGCCGUGCCGGCGAGGAACCGGAACCCGCAAUGGUCACAAGUGACAUUGUGCUUCUUGCAGCUGCGUCUGUCCCCGCACAAGACGGUCAGGAUCAUCCGCCUGCCGGCUCCAAAGGUUCAUCGAUGUCUGUAGCGGAAAAGUCACCAACAGGGAAACAGCCACAGGCUAGCGCUGGCCCCGCCGACGAGGAUGAGGAAGCCAAGAAGCAGAGAAGGAUUGAACGUCUGCGAGUCCAGAUGAAGGAGAGAUGGGCUUCCGGGAGCAUGGAUCAUGUGGUCGCGAAGAGACAGGCGACGUUGAAGAAACGGAAAUCAGCUCCGUUACUGACUGAAGAAGCGCAGCGGACGCCCAAGAGACGACGUGUCGUCCCGGAUCGGAAUCUAGAUGUCGGCCAACGGUCGGCCCAAUCUGAACCCGGCAGCACAGUCGCCCCGUCGAACGCCGCUUCGUCGAGCUUGGUCUCGGAGGACAAGACGGCCAGCGGCCCUUCUACUCGUAGGCUCCGGCGCUCGUCAAACCCCGUUGUGGGAAACGCCCACGAAUUGUGGGAAUAUAUUCGACCUCACCUGGUCGUGUAUAAGAAACCUGAGUUGCCCCCGUCAAGAACGGUUCGUCGACUGAUCGUUCUUCCCUGGAUCCGGGACAUUCAUUGGAACCAUGACCUUGUUGACAAACACCCCUUCAAGGACCUCAGAGUCAAGGACAUUACAGCAAUGAUCAUUCAACUGACCGGAGAAGAAGCGCCACAACCCUGCAACAGAUGCGCAAAGGGCCGCGGGCCUUUCAAAGGGUGUGUCAUGGUCUCCCUGGAAGCGUCGGAGAAAGAUGUGGCUACCACGGUGAGCUGUGCCAACUGCAUCUACCAUUUCAAUGGUAACUUGUGCAGCCACCGGGCCUGGGGUCGUGAGCGGCAGAAUAAAGGUGGUAUCGCCCAUGAUCCAGGUGCUGAGGAUCAUGGUGUGGAGGAACAAGACGAAUCGGACGGAGAUGGUGAUGCUGACAUCGAGGAUGGAGAUAGCCUCGCUCCAUCUCAGCUUGCCAAGGGAAGCAAGGGGCGUCGCUGGAAGGAGUCUUCGGCCCGCGACGUUGAUGCGAAGGCAGCUACACGACCUGACGUACCCGUCAUAGAGACGGCCCCGUCUGGCAGACCGUACGCCAUGUGGCCCGGUAAGUCGAGGGGCCAGACCGACUCUCUCCUAUUAAUCGUCAAUACCCCCCUUAAUAAACGCAUGCUGACUUUUGUUCCAGAUGAUUCGGGGAAACUCGAGAUGAUGCGUGGUGCUCUUCUCCCCGAUGGCUACGAGCUGGACUACACAAUGCCGGGCAGGCCUUGGAUUUGUCCGGUUGACGUCUGCCGUCGAGUGUUCAUGACCCAACAUAUUCUAAGCUUCCACUUUUCUCGUGUGCACUAUGCGAGUCUGCUGAAUGACAACGGUGACGCCACAUUUACAGUCAUGGGACAAUACGACGUAAAGAAAGUAGCCGGUGGUGGCAGGUUUCUUUCGGAAACGCCGUCGCUCCCGGUUGUCACAUCUAGGAACGCGCGUGGGGACGCGAGCCUUGGCCAGCUUCAACCCAGACUUCCCAAAUACCUCGAGCGCGAUGCAGUGUCGUCUCCUCAACUUGACCCAGCGCCUUCACCGGAGGAGGUAGUGGAGGUAGGGGAUCCAGACGAGUCGGAAGACGAGGAAGCUGAAGACGAGGAAGUUGAAGACGGGUCAAGCCCGCCUCGAAGAUCCGGUAGACUCAUCCACAACGUGCACCAGUCCGGGAAUGGAAACGGGAACGGGAAUGGAGUCGCGAAGUUGUCUAGGGCUCCCGAGGGUGACAAUUCGUCCGGCUUGGUAGGACCGCGACUGAGAUCACGCUCAUCCGGCCGAGGUCUUGUGAACGGGACUAACCCCACAGGAACAUCGACUGCCCUGAUAUCCGCCGGUCAAAUCCAGUCCGCUGUCGAGAUGCUAGAGAUGGAAGAAUGGGAGAUCGCCCCAGGCCGCAUCCGUGCCGAGGCGUCUGACACCCCUGACAACGUCGCCCUAUCCAACGCCUACCUGACGGCCAACCAGAGCGUGCCGAUCUGCAGCGGGCUCUCGUUCCGGGUCGACGUGGUGCGCCCGGGGGCGACGCACCGGCUCGAGGCGGCCGACGGCGAGACGACGCUGGUGUGCUCGGUCGCGGGCGGCAAAGUCCGGGUGCGGAUCGAUGGCGAGCCCGACUUCGCCAUCGGGCCCCACGGCCUGUUCAAGGUCCGGCCCGGCGCGGCGUGCUCGGUGCAGAACCGGCUCUACGUCGACGCCGUGCUGCACGUCACCUCGCUGGCCGAGUUUGGUUGAGUGUCUGUCUCUCUCUGCUUCUGCUUGGGUGCAGGGGCCUUCUGGGUACUGCGCUUUCCCCCCCCACCUUGCUGUGCGCCAGUUUGUUGGUCUGGCGUGACGGUCUGUCUUUAUGUGAUGUAUUCGGCG